AUGGGGGAAAAGAGGCUCAGGUGGGCGCGAGAUUGGCUGGAGAAGACUGUGUCCAACAAGGUUGUGCGGGUGGGCGAGUUCAGGUCAGCAUUGGGCAGGCUGGCCUUCAUGAUGUCGGCCUUCACGCACUUGAAGCCUUUGUUAGCACCCCUGUGCAGCUGGAUCACGGCGGUGGACCAUUGCAACACCUUGCAAGCUCCGGCAGCGGUACAUUGGCGGCAAUUGUGGCCUUCCCGCCAGAAGCUGGGAGUACCAAACGGUUCCAUGUGUCCCCGUCGCCUGGUGACACGCCUCCUCACGACGAAGUUGCCUCUGCGUGGUGCUCAUGCAGCUGGCGUGGACACUUCAUCGCCAGGAUUUGGAACUCAGGAACUACUGGAGGAUCAAUUCAAAGAAUUGCUGGAGUUGGGAGGAGAGCUCUUUGACGAAGUCAAGGAGCUCAGAAAGAAGAAGAGGAAAGAAGGGCUGAUCAAAUCACUCCUGAAGCUCAAAGAUGCCAGCUUGAUCAGUCCGUGGUGA